AUGAAAAUGGUCCGCAAUAAAAAGCGGUCGACCCCAGGGACCGCCGCGGCAGACUCACCUCGCCGGCACACGAGCCCGAUGGAUGGGUUCCUGGCAUCUCAGCCAGAAAGGAGGGACACGAGGCCUGCAGAAAACAUGGCGUCGGGCGCUGAAAGCAUGGCGGAAUCCCAGGCAGAGGGAAACCCGGUGGAUGAGCUUGCGCUGAUCCGGGAUGAAUUGACCCAGAUAUCUGCCAGGAUGCUCACCAAAACGGACACAGGCAUGAUUAUGCAAGAGCUCCGGGCGGCACUGCGGGAGGAGCUGGCAGGCCUGCGCUCUGACCUGAACACACUGAAGGGCAGGGUAGAAGAGGUGGAAGCUGCUGCUCAGGACUGCCCCCAGCAGCAUCAAGCAACAGAAACAGCAGUCAACAGGCAAGGCAACCUGCUGCUCACACUGCCAGGAUGCUCACCAAAAUGGACACAGGCAUAA